AAUCCAUAUAAUUGUCCUUUCUUUAAUCGUCGUCAGACGUCAAUCGAAUAUCGACCCCACUGAAAAUUUCCCACUCGAUUCCAUACUCACGGAGCAUCAAUGGCGACUGCUCCUCUUACUUGUAGUAAUCCCCCAAAACUCAAACUUAAACCCCCAUUUCUCAACAACUCAACUUAUUCUCCCUCUCGUAUUCCUCGAAAUUACAAAAAGCUCAGGCACUGGCAAUCUUUAUCUCCACGCAUGGCAAUAAACCCCAACUCGUAUGCUGAAAUCGGUAGAAGAAUUAACAAUGUGAAAAAUACUUAUAAUUAUAGUAAUAAGAAUUACAAAAGGCUUGAUUCUUGUCUAGUAAUCCCUCCGCCCCAAGGUGUGAAACCCAAAGCACUCAUCAAAUUCCUCGGCGGCGCGUUUAUUGGAGCUGUGCCAGAAGUCAGUUACAGCUAUUUGCUGGAGCUUUUGGCUAAGGAAGGAUAUUUGAUUAUAUCAGUGCCGUAUAAUGUGACAUUUGAUCAUGCACAAGUUACGAAAGAAAUUUAUGAACGUUUCCAUGCAUGCCUGGAUUCAAUUUUGGUGUCUGGGUUGCCCGAGAAUGGGCUUUCAGGAGUUGAGAUUGCUGAUCUUCCUUUUUAUUCAGUUGGACACAGUAAUGGCGCACUUCUUCAGGUGCUCAUGGGAAGUUAUUACUGUGAGAGGAUACCAAAGGCUAAUGCAAUAAUAUCAUACAACAACAAGCCAGCAUCAGAAGCAGUACCAUACUUUGAGCAGUUAGGUCCUCUAAUCAAUCAGAUGAUGCCAGUCAUGGAGGCAUCUCCUAUGUAUUCGAUGGCUCAGAGUGUCUCAGGAGAUGCAUGGAAAACACUAGUUGAUGUGGCUGGAAGAAUUAUGCCCGACGAUGAUCCAGAAGCUGCUAUAUCAUUGAACAACUUUGUUGAUCAGUUGCCUGCAGUAUUUAAUCAGGUUGCACAGGGGAUUUCUGAGUUCAAGCCAACGCCUUCUGAGAAUCUGGACUGUUUUAAGGCGUUAUACAAUGUUCAACACACUCUAUUGGUAAAGUUUGAUUUUGAUGCAAUUGACGAGACAGAUCUCCUUGAAGAGACACUAAAGCCCCGUGUGGCGUCUUUUGGUGGAAAACUUGAGAAAGUUAUCUUAGGUGGUAACCAUAUCACACCAUGUGCGCAGGAACCAAGGUGGCAAGUAGGACCCGUGUACACUCCAGCGGAUGCUGUUGCUCAAGGGCUCAAGGCUAUUUCGCUAAAUGAUACUAGAGUCCUAUCUAGAACCAUCAGUAAAUGGUUAAGCGGACUUGAAGUUUAAUUAUUUUCAAGGGUUUGACCAGGAUGCAUCUUGUAUGUGAAUCUUCACUGGAAUUUUUCAGUUAUUUCUUUCCCUUAAUUAAGUUUCUGUCAUUUAUAAUGUUCAUCCAUGUAUAUGCCACUGAGAAGCAAUAAACAUGUCAAUAUAAUAAACAUGUAUGCAUUGUCACACAUGCAUUGCUCAUUAGAUUUUCAACCCACAGCCCUACUACAAAAAGUGAAGAAACUGCUGAAUCAACACCGUGCCAUAGUAUUAUAAGGCAUAACAGUUCAUUUUUUACUUUCAUGUAGUAUGAUGAGCCUAGCGCUGAGAGAAGAUUUAUGUUA